AUGGUUACCUCAAGGACGUCAUCAAAGAGACACGCCCGAGAAAAUGAGAUAGACAGGCCAGUCCGAGCCGUAGCCGCCAAAUACCUAACCCCCAUAUCUUUCGAUGAAUCUGAUGCAGGGGACAUCUCGGACAAACAUCACGACGGCUUGGUAAUAUCUAUUCCUGUUGGAAACUGCAUGAUCAAACAAGUCCUUGUCGACAAUGGCAGUUCAACUAACGUGAUGAUGGUCGACGCCCUCAAGGAGAUUGGGCUCAACCCAGACACAGAUGAUGUCAAAAAAUCCACCGUGCUAAUAGGGUUCUGUGGCGAAGCAAAAACAACCUUCGGAGAAGUUACCCUACCUGUUUACGCACAAGGAAUCAACCAACAGUCCAAUUCUGAACCAACGAGCUACGAAGAGCCCAAAUCUGAACAACUCGACGAGAUCAUCUUGGACCCUGCGAAGCCAGAAUAG